GAGGCUCACCGGGCUCCGAGAGCAUGCGAGGAUCAGUAGCAACAGAAUGAGACGGAGAGAGAGAUAGAGAGCGGUAAAGAGUCAGAGGAGUGUGCUGCUGAGGACUAAAGGACUAUCAGAGAUGAGAGAGAGACACGGAGAACAAGCAUGCGGACCAAAGGGGAGGAGAAGAGAAGAUCAAACUCGCAAUGCACAGAGAAUCCUUCCAACUCCUCAUCUGCGGGCCGCUGCUUAGAAACUGAGGAAAGCCUUGACAGUGAUGUCCAAUCAGGAGUAGCUAAUCUAGUAAGGCGGUCAUUAAUGAAAGGACAUUGAGGGUUUAAAGCCUUAUUGGUUAUUGGAUUCCUGUCUUCAGCUUCGACUUACAAACUCUCUCCCGCUGCCUCACAAACACACAAAUUCAUUUGGGUAAACAAAUGUUGGACACAUUCCCUGUUUUUUAUUGGACAUAAUCCUGCUGACGCUGGCCGAUGUCACUGCUUGACUCCAUCCCGUUCAGCUCCCCAGGGGGCUGAGCCGACCUGCGGGGGAGUAUGGGCAGGAGAGUGGCUGACCCAACCAAUCCGGUGCCUGCGCUGGGGGUUCCCCUGGCAGGGGGGAGAUGGGGGCCGCUGUGCAGUGUCGGGGUGCAAACAUCUCCCGGACUGCGGACUCUUUCCUCCAUCAAACGACAUGGCAGCCAACCAAACAACUCACAUCGCCCGCAAUCCAUGGCAACGGACAAAACAACGACAGGGGGAGAUUUCAGAAGUGACAGCAACAGUCUGCCAGUGUCAAAGGACACUUCUCAGAACGAGAUUAACACCCUGACACAGGACGACAUGGGGUCACAGGGGUCGGGCAGCGGAGUUUACUGCCAGAUAAAAAAUAUACGGACAAACCCCAAGGACACUAAAGAUAAAAGGACAGCUCGGUAUACAAAUGGCAGUGUGGUCGCCUCUGACGCAGUGGGAGGGGUGUGCACUGACGCCACAGAAUGUAAGGAGCCGGCUCGGGAGAGGAGGAGGGUGCAGUCUCUACGAGGGGAGGGCCAACGCUCGGCUUUGAAGACGGGGAGUGUUGGUACGACCGUGCACGCCACCCCGCCGCGGCCCUGUCGAGUGAUGCCGACUUCCCCACCCAACAUGUGUGGGGCAUGUGGGCGGAGACGAUCACAGAUUACACCGUGCACUGGAGCAUGUCGCAGGAAGGCUGUCAAUCAAAUAUCAGCCAGCCAGACUUUGCCUAAUCCGCCACGGAAACCGUCCGUUGCUCCCAGCCAAGCAAGAAAAGAGCCUGCCCUGGACUCUCUGUCUUACACCAAAAACACAGCAAACACCCCCCGACAUACAUCACUAAAGACUUCUCAAGUACCACAGCUGUCUCACACUAUACCAAAAACACACAGCUCACAUUCCAACCACACAUCACACACACAGAACAAAAAACAGUCGAAGCAGCAGACAAGGCCACAUUCUGCAGACUUUACGCAUUACAAGGACUCCGCCACGCAAACAACAGACACACAAGUGAACAACAACAACACAGACAAAACCACAGCUACCGCACAUACACAACGACCACACACACCAUCUGCUGAGGCAACAGAGCCACAAUCAUCCGUCAAACACAAGUAUGACUCGGCUAAAAUCCAGCACACUGAUGAACACACGCACCAACACACAUCAGUCCGUAUCACUGCUACACAUCCAGCUCCUUCCCUUUACAGUGACUUAAAAUGUACAGACACUCCACGCAAAAACUCGAAACCCACCUGUUCUAAACCAGCCACACCCGUUGCGCAAACCAAAAGCACCCAGGGGACCCCAAAAACUCCCAAACAAACAACAUCUAAGGAAGAGAUGAACCUCAAGGACUACACAAAACAGAAGAGCAAAUCAUUUAACGACCACACUCUGCCUUGUACGACUCAUUUGAAAGCACAAUGUAAUGGAGCUCCCGGAGGGUUGUUGGAUAAAACCACAGGGAAGCCCCCCCGUGGGCUGGAGAGCCAGCUGCAUAGUGUGGAAGAGAACCUACAGUCGAAUCAGGAGAAGAUCAAGGUGCUUCUCAACGUCAUACAAGACCUGGAGAAGAGCAAGGCCCUCAGCGAAGGGCGCAGCUCAUACAGAACUGGCCAGGACAUUAACAACUGCCCCACCUGCCAAAAGACAGCCUGCAUCAUCUACAGUGUGGAGCAUGAUUUCCGACAGCAGGAGGGACGCUUCCAGGGGGUGAUGGAGGCCCUGGAUGGGGAGUAUGAUGUGCCUGCAUUGACUCUGACCAAGCCCACCCUAGCCCCUUCUUCCGCAAGUCGUCCCAGCACCAAGGCGCGUGUCAAGAAGCUCCGUAAGAAGUGUUUUUGGUGGCUGUAAAAUCUGGAAAAAAGCACCUUUUCCAGGCAUAUGGGUUGUAGCAGGAGACUACA